AUGAGUUCCAAGAAUCGGGAAGACAUUUUCGUUCUAUGCGGCAAGAUCUUCGAGCGGGUACGCGGAACCCUCGUUGGCGAUGGCCUCACUGUCUACAGAGCGAGACGGGCUGAAGAUUUCGAAGAAAAAUAUGCUGUCAAGUUCAAAUGGUCAGGAGUCUCCGAAAGAAACGAGAUCAAAAUGCUGAAUUUGCUGAAGGAGAGGAAUGUGUGGGGGGUGAUACACCUCGAAGCAUAUUAUGUUGGCGCGAGCACCGAUAUCUUGCACGACGACCUCACCCUCAAGCUGGGAAAUCCUCUGACCGUGCAAGCGGAUACUGAUUCAUCCGACGACGGUGUUGAAGAACGCAAAAUGAAAUCCCUUGGUCAAGACAGUCGGAACGAGCCUAGAGCAUUCGCUUGUACGGUUGUUACACCCCAAGGUCGGACCCUCCACAACUAUGAAACGAUUCUGGAGGUCUUGUUGGCGCUACGCGACGCAGUCAAAGCCCACCGAUCAAUCUACCAGAACGGAAAGAUCCUGCACAGAGAUAUCAAUCCCUCUAACAUCAUUAUUCCCUCCUACGACCCGAAUACGGACAGAGAUCACGCUGCGAGAGGCGUACUGAUCGAUUUUGACAUGGCCAAAGAAAAUUCACAGCCAGUCCAACCUCAUCAAGCUGUCGGGACUUACAUAUUUCAGGCGAUUGGGGUGUUACAGGCCUAUUUGCCGGACAAUCCCCACACCUAUCGUCACGAUAUCGAGUCGUUCCUCUACACAUUUCUUUUUCUUGCAGUCGCGCCGCGGCCUGUUCCCGAAGGAGAAAAUCAGCUGCAACUCCCGGAAUCCAGCGUGCUGCGGGAGUGGUACAAGGGAAGGUUGGUGGACAAAGCAUAUCGCAAAAUGGACGAUAUGGAGUCGGCAGACGAGUUCAGGGGACGGAUCGUAUCGGAGUUCACCCCUGAGUUCCAACGGCUUGGGUCGCUGGCAGAGAGACUCAGGGAAAUUUUGUUCCCCGUCGACAAAGACGGCAAGAUCUUGAUGGGAACGGAUAUGACUGAGCAAGGGACGAAUGCUCUAUACGAUGCAGUCAUCGGUGCAUUCGAAGAUGCGGCAUUGGAACAUGCGAGACUGUAG